GUUGUCUUAAACACGUAUGGACACAGUGGUACCUCAUAAAUCUUCUUGGAUUUUGUCCUGUACAUGAGAAGUAGUGUUUUCGAAACAUCUCUGCAUGCUUUCUUUUAACAGUCAAAUGUUCCACUCAUUGAGGAUCUUUGUAACCAAAGGCUGUUUCAUCAUGCAGUUAAUCACUUAGACACCUACCACGCUGCAAAGCUUUCAAGAAUUACAAAUAGCAAUAUAGAAGUAAUCAAUCUUGUUUGCUUUUAUAUCAUAAAGAGUCAUCUGUAUUGAUUUUGGUCAAUUUCAAACCAGCUUUAAACUCUUGACAUGAGCUUUAACUGAAAGAUAUUCUCUUUUGCCUGGCCUGCAAAGUACUGAGCCUCUGGUCAACAGCUUUUAUGCAUUUUAGAGUCAAAUGCUGUAUCCAAACUCACUUUGACAUCUUCAAAACGAUAAUAUGGCUGUCUGGAAAUACUCUGUGCUCAGCUUAACUGUGUAGCAGUUUACUUUUCCCUUUCGCUGCUGCAAGUGGUCGUGUUAGUUUUCAGACACCUGAUUUAAUACUCUUGUUUACUUUGUGGCUGCGUCUCUCCAGAGCAAGCCAUUGUGCGUCAUCUACUUCUGACAGAUGAACACAGAGACAGAGGAUGACUUUUAUCAAUCGGAGGACGACUUGGAUGAAGAUGAGGCGACGCAGUACAUCAUUGAACAAAGUCUUAUUCAAUAUAGAAAACUCAAAGGAUUGAAUCCAAGUGAUCUGAAACCCAGUGAAGACCCUGAUGAGAUUUUCAAAGCUAUUAGGGAAGGUGAUGAAGAUGCACUGGACAUACUGGCAUUGCAACCAGAGACCCUUUCCAGAGUUGAUGACCGUGGAUGGAUCCCUUUGCAUGAGGCUGCUGUGCAGGAGAAUAAAUGUAUACUUGAGAUGACCUUCUCAGCAUCACCCCCGGGUGCAGCCCAGUGUCGUACUCUGAAGGGUGAGACGCCGUUGUUUCUCGCCGUGGUUCAUGGACUCAGAGAGAGUGCUACAUUCCUGUUACAGAACGGUUCUAGCCCGGAUCUCCUGAACGAUGAGCAGGACUCUCCUUUAGUGGCAGCUAUUCUGAACGAUCAGUAUGACUUGGCCACUCUCUUGCUUCGCUACAAUGCCAGUGUAGACCAAACCGGACCACUGAACAGGACAGCUCUACAUGAGUCCGCCUUUUUAGGCCUGGAGAACUUUGUCUAUCUGCUACUAGAGUCUGGAGCCAACCCAAAUGCGUGCGACAUCAAAAUGAAAACUCCACUGGCUCUAGCUGCACAGAAUGGACAUCUGAACGUGGUGGAGGUCCUCUUACAGAAAGGAGCCCACGUGUGGUGUGAGUCGGAAUCAGGCACCAUAUUGUUCGAGGCAGCACGAUCAGGUAACCCUGACAUAAUCUCCCUGCUGCUGGACCAUGGAGCAGAUCCCAACCGACCUCUGUACGGUGGGCACCUGCCAAUCCAUCGCGUGGCCUACCAUGGACAUAUACUGGCUCUCGAUCAUCUCAUACCUGUGACUAAGCUGGAGGCAGUAAAGGAAAGUGGGAUGAGUCCUCUCCAUUCAGCAGCUGCUGGUGGACAUGCACAUUGUGUGGAGAUGCUGCUCAAAGCUGGCUACGAUCCAAAUUUUAUGCUUCACCAAAGGGUGAGGCACAACUAUGAUGACGAGCGAAGGUCUGCCCUUUUUUUUGCUGUGUCCAACAAUGAUCUGCAGUGCACCCGCUUGCUGUUGGAGGCUGGGGCAAUGGUGAACCAGGAUCCUAUCAACUGUUUGCAGGUGGCUCUAAGACAGGGAAACUAUGAACUGAUCAACACGUUGCUAAAGUCAGGGGCAAAUGUGAACUACUACUCCCGAAUCAACACCACCCACUUCCCCUCAGCACUGCAGUAUGCUUUGAAAGACGAGGUCAUGCUGCGGAUGAUUCUUAACCAUGGAUAUGAUGUUAAGCGUUGCUUUGACUGUCCCUAUGGAGAUAGUUCCCAUGACUACGCUCCUUGGACGACCUCUAUCAUCAAAGACAUGGUGUUCUGCGAGGUGAUAACAGUGUCCUGGCUCAAACACAUCUCUGCUCAGGUGGUGCGCAUCAUGCUGGACUACACUGACCAUGUCACCUUCUGCACCAAGCUCAAGGACACGUUGAUUGAGCAGAAACAGUGGCAGGAGAUCUGUCACAUUCAAAGAAAUCCACGGAACCUGAAGCACCUUUGCCGGCUGCGAAUAAGGGAGCAUUUCAGUCGUCUGCGCUUAAGAGCUCCAGUUUUUAUCAACUUUCUUCCUCUUCCCCCCAGGUUGAAAGAUUAUAUACGCUACAAGGAGUUUGAUGUCUACAGCAGGGGCUGCAUGAUUAGCCCACAGUGAAAAUGCAUUUAUAGAUUUGAAAGAUACCACUGUG